GUAGACCAUACACAUUUAUUCCACAUAAAGUGGGUGCGGAGUCUGGAAACAUCAAUUUCCUAUUGAUCUGUAAGUGCAGUGUGCGGUGAAAAAUGUCGAAAGCUGGAACCGAGAGCCCACGGGAGAUGCAGCAAGGCGCAGAGGAGACGGAAAGCGAGGAUGGAAAUGACCUGGGCCACGAAGAGCAGAGGGCAAGUUCAGAUGACAGAAGUGUGAAUGAAGAACAUGGCACAGAUGACCGGUCUAUAACGACUGGAGAUUCAUCAAUAUCUCAAGUGUACACUUCCAACUGUAGGACAUUAGUACCGAAGCAGAAGUCCUCCAGUGUUAAAACACACGCAUUGACACUGGACUGGGUGUUUGGGAUGAGCCAUGCCCUCCCUGUCUUCAGUCUUCAGGACCAGGACCAGCUAGUGAUCUUGUAUGGGGGUGCCAAUGUUGCAGUUAUGUAUGAUCACACCUCAAACUCCCAGCAUCUCCUCCAGGGUCACAGAAGCCCCAUUUCGUGUUUGUGUGUAAGCGAAGACAGACGCUGGCUUGUGACCGCGGACCAAGGAAAGGAAAGUCUGGUGAUCGUCUGGGACUCCUAUUCUGGGAUACCUGUGCGUACAUUGUUUGACUGUCACCCUGAAGGGGGUGUCGCAACGUUGGCGUUGUCGAAAGAUUCAAAACACUUGGUGACAGUUGGGGCUGGAGCGGUUCAGCGAGUCUGCGUUUGGGACUGGACCAAUGAGACGGAGGAUCCAUUGUGCGUCUCUGAACUCGAACCAGAUCACGGAGUUCAGAAUCAUAUCCUUUUCAACCCAAAUGACAGCACAGAGCUGCUAAGCAACAGUGAGAGCCAAGUCCUAUUUUACACCAGGAAUAAUGAGAUCUUAAGUUAUGUAGCCCCCAAGCUACAGGAUAGGACGUUCAACAAGGUUGUGGGUGAGCUAAGCCAAUCUGUGUUCCACUGGAAAGGGCUUCAGGCUUUAUCAGCCACCUUGAUUGGCAACCUGGUUUUGUGGGACAUGGUCCAAGCUUCUUCCACCAGCAGAGCCCUCAUCAGGAAACCCAUCAAACUGUUCCCCCUCCAGGAAGCUGGCAUCACGGUGCUCAGUUUGACUGACAGCUUCAUUGUGACAGGAGACUUUCUGGGCCAUGUGAAAUUCUAUGAUGAGAACUUCAAACUCGUAAGCUGGUACAGUGAAUUCAACCUGGACCCCAUCAAAUCCAUCUCCUUCUCCAAAGAGCCUUCCCCCAUCUGCAGCCAGGGAUAUCCAGAAGACUGCACCAUGGAGGCCAAGCCAUUUGUCGUCCGGAACUUUGUUCUGUCCACCAUCAACUCGACGGUGGUACAUGUGAAUGCAAACAGCGCAGAGUCGCAAACGCUGAUACAAGAGCAUUGCAAGCCACUGUAUGCUUUGGCGUGUCAUCCUAAGAUGCCGUUCCUGGCGAUGGGGAGCCAAGGCGGCAUCCUGAAAGUGUGGGACUACGAACAGAAGCUGGCCCGAUGCAGCAGGGUGUUCGAGGAAGAGAAGCAGAUACAGGUCAUGACCUUUGACCCUCAAGGAUUUUACUUGGCGGUUGGUUUUGCUAACGGUGCUGUCCAUGUGCUCGACGUGUGCACUCUGCAAAGUGAAGAAGAGGACCGUUUGAAAUACAGCCAAGACUGUAUCACUCACAUCACUUUCUCUACAGAUUCCCUCUACCUGGCCACAGCGGAUGCAGGCAAGGCAGUGAUGGUGUUCCGCUCGAAUAUCGACGAGAGCUUGCAGCGCUGGAAGUACAUAGGGAGGCACCACUCUCACUACAAGCCCAUUAAGGAUCUCCUGUUUGGGGAGUACCUGGACAGCACCCAGCCUAGGCUGCUUUCCCUGGGCAUGGAUCACAGACUGGUGGAGUACGACUUGGAGAACGACGAGGAGCUGUCGAUCCUGAGCUCUGAGCGCAUCGAGCAGAGCGCUGUGCCCACCUGCAUGACCUGGUACCCUCCGCUGACCACAGAGAACUUCCUCCUCACCGCCUCCGACCUCUACAAGAUGAAGCUUUUCAACAGCACAACCAAGAUGUGCAGAAAGACACUUCUUGGUCCUAGAUACGGGUCUCCUGUAGAGAAGAUGCUCGUUCUUCCCAUCUCUAAGGAUCACGAUUCUAAAGCUCGUCACAUGGCUUACAUCACCAAAGACAAGGUGGGUGUCCAGAUCCUGCCUCUUGAUGGGAACCCCCACAAGUGCUCUGCUGUGCUCUGCCACCCGACAGGAGUGUCUGCUCUGGCCUGCUCCCACGAUGGGCGAUUCGUUUUCACAGCUGGGGGGUCUGACUGCUCCGUCCUGUCCUGGGAGAUCAGCCUGACGGCUUUGGAGGCUGCUGCAGCCCUUGGGGGGAAAGACCUGACACCCUUCUACAGUCUCCUGGAGGGAGGGAGAGAUGGUGCGCUCUUUCACGAAAUGGAGGAUUUCUUUUAUUACUGUCAGCUGCGUAACCAAGGCAUCGAUUCAAUGGAAACACGACAGGUUUCAGCCCGGAUCCCUUUAGCAGAGGUGUCCUUUGUCAUGAGGGCUUUAGGCUUCUUCCCCACGGAGCAAGAGCUGGAGGACAUGCAGAACGAGGUGAAGUUCAGCCGGUAUGCUGAGACUGGUAAAUAUGUGACUGACAUAGACCUAGAGGAGUUCAUUAAGCUCUACGUCAACCACCGGCCAGCGUUUGGGAUCUCCAAAGAGGAGCUUCAAAGUGCAUUUGAUAUUCUGAGUUCCCCGUACGCGACGGACGGGGAACCGACGAUUAACCGGGAUGAGCUGCUGGAGGUUCUUCAAGCCAGGGGGGAACACAUGACGGAGGAGGAGCUGAUUGGGUGUUUCAGCACGCUGUUGGGUCUCAAUCCUGAAGGAGGGAGAUCAGAGACGGGAACUUUGGAGUGUGAGGAUUCAGAACACAUGCUGGAGCGCGAGAUUCCAGAAGAGAUAUCCAUGAAAACAUUAUCAAUAGAUAUCCUCGGAUUCCCCCUUUCUAUUAGAGAUGAACUUCCUGCAUCUCAAGAGGACAUUUUGUCAGGGUCUGAGGUUUUAUAGAAUGGCCUUCAAGUAAGGCUUCUCUAGUUUGUGUCCAUAUCUUUGAAUCAUUCAACAGAGAUGCUAUAUUGCUUUAAUAAAAGUGUGACCAAAUACAUUAAGGAACUAACAAGACAAAAUGUUUACAGAAGAAUAAUAAAGAAUUAACCAAAGUGUUGUGUUAUGAAUAACUGCCCCUUGUUACGGUGAAUACAGUGCAAAACAGUUUGUUAUACAGCGUCU